GAAAGAAAGAGCUCGCGUGUGAUGUGUUUGUGUAUCCUCAGUGUUUUUCUCUCUUGAGUGUUUUAUUGAGUGUAAACAGAGUCUUGUCUCUGUGUAUUUUAGUGUUGAUGAUGAUGAUGGAUGAGAUGUGCUGUAAAUCAGUAGGAACUGAUCUGUCCAUGCUGGAUAUUGAUGAUUUCAUCACAGAAAUCUCUCAGCUGAAGAAAGAGGUGGCGUUACUGGAGACAAAGCUGAGGUCAAGAGGAGAUGAAGGACUGAAGAGAGAGGACUCCGAGCUCAGUCUGACUUUACUCUGUUAUACUGAGUCAAAGCCCACAGACGCUCAGGACACUACAGUGUGUGACAGUAAUCAGGGCUUACAGGAUGAGGAAUCUACUGAUCAAACCUCCACAGAGUCUCUGGAUUCUGUCUGGAACGCUGGAGAACAGCAGCAGAUCCUGCAGACCAAACUCAAGACGUGUUCAGUCAAACUCAUGGAGAUGAGAAGAGAAACCAUAGCAGAGGAACAUCACACUGAUGGAGACAAUCAUGAUGAAGAUGAUGAUUUUAUUGCCUUAGAUGAGAUCGGUGACUCCUGUUUGGAUGGAGAAAUAACGUCCUCAAUUCUUUCCUGCACCACCUGUGAAAAGACAUUCAGCUCACAAGGAUAUUUAGAGAGACAUGAGAGAAAACACACAGAACAGAAACUCUUCACCUGCAGGAAAUGUGACAUCCGCUUUCCUACCUUACAAGAGAAGAGACGUCAUCAUUCAAAAGAGCACAAAGAGAAGAAGGAGAAACAGGUUCACUGUCAGCAGUGUGGGGUUAAUUUUGUCUUCUUAUCUCAGCUAAAAGACCACAUGAAGACACACUGUGGUGAAAAGCCUUUCCAGUGCACUGAAUGUGGCAAAUAUUUCAGCAGCAAAGGAAAUCUUAAUGCUCAUAAAAGAUCUCACACAGGAGAAAAACCAUACGAGUGUCCUCACUGUAAGAUAAGAUUCCGCCACAAACCUCAUCUGAAGACACACAUGCGUUUACACACCAAUGAGAGACCGUAUCAGUGCAGUGAAUGUGGAAAAACCUUUAGGUACCCCUUCUCUUUAAAGUCACAUCAAACAUUACACACUGGAGGAAGGCGCCAUCAAUGUUCAUACUGCGAUAAACGUUUUCAGCAGAAAAUUCAUCUGAUAGUCCAUGAGAGAAUUCACACAGGAGAGAAACCUUACCUCUGCUCUUACUGUGGUAAGAGCUUUACUCAUCCAACUAAUUUCAAAAAUCACCAAGCUAUGCACACUGGAGAAAAACCUCAUCAGUGUAAUGUGUGUGGAAAGAGUUUCAGUCAAAAUUACAGUUUAGUGUCACACCAGAGAAUUCAUACAGGAGAAAGACCUUACAAAUGCUCUCAGUGUGAAAAGACUUUUUAUCAAGCAGCUCACCUGAAAACCCAUCAGAGAAUUCACACUGGAGAGAAACCUUACGUCUGCUCCAUCUGUGGAGAAAGAUUCACUUAUUUCGGACCUUUAAAGAAUCAUCAGAAGAAACAUACUGAAGAACAAACAGCCAUGUGUGAAAAAAUAACUCCUACGUAAAAACUUUCACAUUUAUUUGCGAUAUCUGGCUCUAAACAGACCUUUUUUUGCUGGACUGACAGGACUGUCUGAUACUGUGCGUAACUCAUGAUUGCCAAGCUAUUAAAAGCUAUGAAUGCUAAAGUUUAUAAAUGCACAACGUUUUAAUGCACUAUAUUACAAUUCUUAAUACAUUCAAUAUGUUUAUUUGAAGAAUAAAUGCGCAUUUAAGUGUGUGCGUGUAUAUGUAUGUAUGAUAUUUAAGUUCACAGAAACUUAAAGGGGUAGUUUAUCCAACGAUAAACAUUACCCCAUGCUGCUCGAGCCCCGGAGUACUCACGGGAUUGGUGCCAUGGAUGACAGUUAUUUUUUUAUAUAAAUCCAAAAUUUGUUCAUUAAUUGAAGUUUCUUGAUCGUGCCUUGAGGAGAAAAAUAAUUAGCUUUUAAGUGACUUUUCUAUUAAGGGCAGAAUUUUAUUAACGAAAGCAGAAGUAGGGGUCCAUGUAUAGUCUAAUAUUUUUUUUUUACUUGAAAUCAAAACAGCAGAAACAAGAAAAUUCUGCCUAUGUUUGUAUUUUACAAAAUACUAUAAAAUUUUUAAGUUUGUUUGCUAAAUGCCUAAGUUUUAGAAUGGUGAAAUGUAAAUUAUAGGAAAUGUUUUAAAUAUAAAUGAUUUCAAUACGCAAUCAAAAGUAUUUGAUAAUCUUACAUUUAUUUAUUUGAAAGAUUUCUAUCUUUU